CCACAAAACAUGUCGUUGCGAAGGUUAGUUCAAGCGAAUGGAACCUUGGUGCCACAACACCGCUGAUUGUCCAAAACCGCCCUUUUUAGAUCGCGGUCUUCUGAUAGCGUCGCUCGCCAUUCCGCUGCGCGGACCAAGACGCUGUUCGCCUUUCACCCAGUCGAUGAAACCCUUCAGCAUGCCGGUAACUCGUUCGACCCCAUUGAUGCCGCCGCCCAGCAAUAUCCGCUGCGGUUGGUAUCCUCGGGGCUUUCCAGUCGGCGAAAUCCGAACGGGCUGGAAGUGCAAAUCCCGCCGGCACCUGGGAUGCCCUCAGUCAACCGGGCUCAUAGCCAGCCUAGUACGAUACAUACCCCCGUCGCGGUCACACCGCCUCCUCAUGCGGUUUCGAAUGAGUCGCCGGCAUACUCGCCAUAUUCACCAUAUCCGCCAUAUUCGCCAUACGAAGCCCCGUUAUUCGCGCCAGCCGUUACUCCGUAUGCAGUUCACCACAGCGGCGCUGCGGCCCCCGCUCCUCCCGUGCAGCCCAGCGUCCUUGCAUCUGCACCGGGCGGCAUACACAUUGCCCCUCCCCUGAGUUUCAGCACCCCUAGGCCGGUCACUCCUCUCAGCGUAGCAGAACCGGUUCGGCAACGCACUGAAUCUGUAUCCCGCCGUGCGCCUCCUCCUCCCAUUCUUACGUGCGAGCCGUUGUCAAUGCCAGAACGGACGACAGAUGUGCAACCUUGCCCUGGCGGCGAGGUUCGAUCUAUUGCAAAGCUACCCGCCAGCCGAAAGGCGUCGAGCAGCAAGCCUCGUAAAGCGAGCGCUUCCAAACGAAAGGCAUCGGCGGAGACUGGUAUAUCAUUCGAUUCUUUCAUCAACUACACCGCCAAGGAUGCCGCAGUAAUCUCGGCUGGAGUAGCUCCUAGCGGAAGCAAGGCAAAAAGAAGAUCGGAGGACGAAGGUGACCAGAGUCACAAGCGAGUGCGAUCGAUCGAAUCGGCUUGAAUUCUUUUUCUCAUUUCAUAAUCUAAUGCAAUAUUGCUCUCUUACUGUAGCCUGAUCGGCGUGUCUUUCUAAGGAUAGUAAGGUGUACUAUAUAGCCCUCGUUAUGUGCCU